AUGAAUUUUUCCGACGAGUGGAAGUCUCUUUGGCCAAUAUGUUCAUCCUAUUCUCCACCACUUCUACUCUCAAAUUCACACGAAGAAUCCUCUUCGAAACGCCGCCGUAUUGAUAGUCCAAUUGAACCUUUGAUUUUCAGACCAUGUGAAGAAACGGUGACGCUACUCCUUCGUUCGCCAUUGUUAUCAACUCGGCUUCCUCCUCCGGUUCCUGACCUCUCUUUGCCAAGAUUCCUUCAAACUUCAAGUGGUAUGCUUUUUUCUGCCGCUUCUUCAAUUGCUACAGAGUUUACUCAACAGGUUUCUGACUCAAUUCACAACUUUAAUUCAAUCCAGUUUCUUCCUCUUCCUAAUGUUGGUGAAAAUAGCAAACCCAAUUCAAUUAUAGGAAUUUCUCCAACUGGGGAGAAUUAUGACCAAGUUGGGUUAUUUAUGCUCUGUUCUGAAGACACCCAAUUUGUGGCUAAGAAAUUCAAGAAUGAUACAUCAUUUUUAGUGCAUAAUCACAAGCUGAAUUUUAGAAUUUUGAGGUUAUUAGUGAACCCAGUUAGUGAAAUUGAUGAUUCUUGUUCUUCUAGUUAUAUUACUUUUGGGUAUUUAUUGGUUUGUACUUUGUAUUCUGUUCAUUGGUAUAGCCUAAAGAUAGGGGUUAAAGGAGAUGAAAAUGUUAUGUUAGAUUAUGUGGGUAGUGCUGAUAGAAACUUGUUUAAGGGUGGGACUGUUUCUCAUGCUUGUUGGAGCCCACAUUUGAGAGAAGAGUGUGUGGUGAUGUUGAAAAAUGGGGAUUUGUUUUUGUUUGAUAUGGGUUCUUGCGGAAAGAGUCAGGCUUUCUGUGCUUCUGAUGUAUUGCAAGGCAAGAAAUUGCAAGUUUUGUGGGAUAAGUUGGAUAGAGAUGAACAGUGGGUAACCUGUGAAUUUAGCUGGCAUCCAAGGAUUUUGAUUGUUGCAAAUUCAAGGGCUGUAUUUUUGGUGGAUUUGAGGUCAGACAAGUGCAAGGUCUGCACCUUGCUAAAUAUGGAGGCAGUGUCGUCGGAUAGAACUGAUAAAUUUCUUGCACUUUCUAGAGUGGAGGCUGACGCCUUCUGUUUUACUGCUGUUUCUGGACGCUUCCUUCUUCUUUGUGAUGUGCGGAAGCCAUUGAUGCCAUUGUUGCGGUGGGUACAUGGUCUGAAUAAUCCAGCUUACGUGACUGUUUUGAGAUUGUCUGACCUGAGGCGACGUACUAGAGAUGAUAAAUGGGAUUGGGCUACUGAAUCAGGGCGUUGCAUUUUGGUAGGAUCAUUCUGGGACUGUGAAUUUGCUCUAUUCUGCUAUGGGCCAGACAGCAAUCAUAGCCAUAAAUUUUCAGAAAUUUCGAGGCUCAGUAAAUCAGUAUAUGCUUGGGGGCGACCUUCAGGCCUCUCACUGUCUGGUCAUGAUUGCUGUCGUGAAAGUUGUCUUAUGAGAGCAUAUUUCUCUGAAGAUAUUCUUCCUGAUUGGAUUGAUUGGAGGCAAAAGAAAGUCAUUGUUUUGGGGUUUGGUAUUCUCAACAAUGGCCUUUCUAUCCAAUCAGAUGAUACUGAUAGCUCUGCUAGCUUUUUCCUUGUAAGGUUAAUGUCCUGUGGCAGUUUAGAAGCUCAGAGAUACACUGCAGCAUGGGACUCUGAGGAAAAGUCAGAAGCACCUUAUGGAGGAAAUUCUCUGUGUUCUGAAAAUAACCUUCUAUAUGAUAUGGGUGUUGACGAAUUGGAAUUGAAAAAGAGCCACAUCUACCUGGGCCUUGACUUUCUUAAAGAGUAUCUGAAUGGGAAACUACCUAAAUUCAUUAGUAGGAAAUACAUAGAGAAUCUAAAGGAUUCUGAAGAAAACCGGUCAGAGUUCCACCAGCAAAUAUGUCAGAAGCUUCAAGAAUGUGGCGUCACAAGACUAAAAUCAUCUCUAACCGUUUCUGAUGUAAUCAAAGGUAUCAGCUUGCCAGCAAGCAUUUAUGAGAUUGCACUAGAAAGCAUUAGCACCAGUUUGCCUAAUAAUCUUCUGGGGUUCACUUUCUCUGCCUUCUUUAGAUUCCCUGAAUUUCCCCUGAAACCGAAGAAACGUUCUCUAAAAUUUUCUGACAUUUUCGACAAACUAUAUCCACUGCCUUUUCCCUUGCAUAAAUGUUGGAUUGAUGAGAUACCAGAAGAAGUUCAGUCUUGCCGUUCUUCUGCUCCGGUUCUUCCUCCUCCUUUUCUGGUAGCUCUUAAUAACCUUCGAAUUGCAGAAAGAGAUAUAUUGCCACUUGAUGCUGAGUUGAGGCUUCAGAGUGAUAAAGUUAUGAAGGUGGCCCGUGAAUUCGGUUUGUCACACUCUGAUAAUGGGCCUGAUGAUGGCUAUUUAGUUUCCCUUGAUGCAGAUACUGAGUGCCCUAGCGAUUGGAUGGAAAAAAUGAGGCCUCUCUGUUUACAUGAACCUGUGGCAUUCUCAGACUGUUAUAUCUCAAAAAUGGAUUUGGGAGUAGAACCUGAUAAAAGAUUUACAACCUUCAUCUAUAAAAAACACGAAGAACCUAUCUCAAAUGCCAGCAAAGAGAUGUCAGGAGUGGAGUUGUUCGAUGAGGGGUGUCCCGUAGAGCUCAAAUUCAAUGAUAGUCUUGCAAUGCUGGGGGCAAAUGAGCUGCAAACUUUUAGAUUGUUGAAACAAAAGGAUUUAGGUUUUCAGAAAAAAUUUCAGCUGUAUCAAGAGUAUUUAACUGAAUGUCAUAAGUGAUGACAAGGUCCCGAGUUUUCCUAUUUACUUCCUCUUAAUUACUUUGCUAUUUUAUUUGAAAGAGGAUUGUUUCAGUGAAGUACUGUUAGGGGUAUCCAGUGUUCUCCAAGAAAUACUAC